CAAUACACACUGACGCCCCCGGAACAGUCUACAGCAAGCGACACCGAAACCUCUAGCAGGAACACAACCCCAACACCCACCAACAAGAAAGAGCUCGAAAGCCAUGGGGGCGUGUACACGCCCACCGCUGCAGCCUUGGACACGGACGGUGCUACUACAGAAAGC